AUGUACUUUUUGGCUGUAACAGACAAUGGCCUGGUUAUGGUGAUGGUGAUCUGUGACCGAAGCCUCCAUGAACCCAUGUAUCUUUUCCUGGCCAUGCUAGCUCUCAAUGUUGUUCUACUUUGUACUAUCACGGUGCCCAAAAUGCUUCUUAUCUUUUGGCAGGGCCCUUCCAUAUCAACAUUCCCUGCCUGUCUCACACAGAUGUUUUUCAUUCAUGCUCUGUUUCUUUCUGAAUCUGCUGUCCUACUGGCCAUGGCUUUUGACCGCUAUGUGGCUAUCUGUGCACCACUCCAUUAUACUAUCCUACUUAUAGGCUCUCUCAUUAGAAAAAUGGUCCUGGCUCUGGUGGCUCAAAGUGUGGCUGUGGUCACCCCUGGCAUCCUACUCACUCUCCAACUGCACUUCUGCCAGAGCAAUGUCAUUCACCAUACUUACUGUGAGAACAUGGGCAUUGCCAAAUUGGCUUGCAAUAGCAUUGUCCCUAAUAGCAUUUAUGGGCUCACUGCUGCUCUCCUCACCACAGGACUGGACUUUUUCCUUAUCUCCCUGUCCUACUGGUUAAUCUUGAGAACAGUCUUCCAACUGCCUUCUAGGGAAGCCUGGACAAAGGCCUUUGGAAAUUGUGGAGCCCAUACAUGUGUCAUCCUGAUAUUCUACACUCUGGCCUUCUUUUCCUUCUUUACCCAUUGCUUUGGACACCAUGUACCCAGGCAUGUCCUUAUCCUCCUGGCAAAUCUGUACUUACUGGUGCCGCCUACCAUGAACCCCAUUGUUUAUGGGGUAUAG